AUGGCGGCUUCUAGUCCCUCAGAAUUCAGCAACCCCUUGAGGAAGUUCAAGCUAGUAUUUUUGGGUGAACAAAGUGUUGGAAAGACGUCGUUGAUCACUCGUUUCAUGUAUGAUACCUUUGAUAACACGUAUCAGGCCACCAUUGGUAUUGACUUCUUAUCAAAGACUAUGUAUUUAGAAGACCGAACAGUUCGACUACAAUUAUGGGAUACUGCUGGACAGGAGAGGUUUAGAAGUUUAAUUCCAAGCUAUAUUCGAGAUUCUUCGGUAGCCGUUGUUGUAUACGACAUCACAAGUACGCUCGAACUUCUUCUUUUACAAGUAACAACUGAAGAAGGGGAGAAGAAGGCUAAAGAGUUUAAUGUCAUGUUUAUCGAGACUAGCGCUAAGGCUGGACAUAAUGUAAAAACUCUCUUCCGUAAGAUUGCCCAAGCUCUACCUGGAAUGGAAAACACAAUGAAUGAACCUCAAAAUCAAC